CCAACCGACAGAAAAGUGUGCCAGGGCAUGAGCAACCAGCUGACGCAACUGGGAACGCGCGAGAAUCACUACGACAACAUGUUGCGCAUGUACGGCAACUGCUCGGUGGUUCUGGACAACUUGGAGGUGACGUACGCUCUGGAGCACCAGGACCUUUCCUUCCUGCAGUCCAUCCAGGAAGUGGGCGGCUACGUGCUGGUGGCCAUGAACGAGGCUCGGACCGUGGCCCUGCCCAACCUGAGGCUGAUCCGAGGUCAGAACCUCUACGAGGGCAAGUACGCGCUGCUGGUCAUGUCCAACUACAACCGGAACCACUCUGUCGCCACGCUCAAUUUGACAGGUGGACUGUCACAGCUGCAGCUAAGCAACUUGACCGAAAUCCUUCGAGGAGGCGUGAAGAUGAGCCACAAUCAUUUUCUGUGCAACGUGGACUCCAUCCAAUGGGGGGAUAUUGUGGACCAAAGCAGCAAUCCCAGCAUGCUUUUCAAAAUGGAGCCAUUCCCACACAAAUGUGAGCCUUGCCAUCCGACGUGCUUCAACAACUCCUGCUGGGCGCCCGGACCCGAACAUUGCCAGAAAUUCACCAAGUCGUCGUGCGCCGAACAGUGCAGCCGAAGGUGUCGCGGCCCCAAACCUAGCGACUGCUGCAAUGAGCACUGCGCGGCGGGUUGCGUCGGCCCGCGGGCCACCGACUGCCUGGCGUGCAGGCUGUUUAACGACGACGGCACCUGCAAAGACGCGUGUCCUCCCGAGAAGCUCUACGACCUCAAGACGCAUCAAGUGGUGAAUAACCCCAACGCAAAGUUCACCUACGGCGCCACCUGUGUCAAGGCCUGCCCGCGCAACUACGUCGUGACGGGGGGCUCGUGCGUGCGCACGUGCGGCGCUGGCAUGUUCGAGGUGGACGACGACGGCGUCCAGCGAUGUCGAACCUGCGAGGGAGCCUGCCCCAAAUCGUGCGACGGCAUCGGCGUGGGCGCUCUGGUCAACACCAUCGCCGUCAACGCCUCCAACAUCGAGUCGUUCCAGAACUGCACCAAGAUCAACGGCGACAUCUUCCUCAUCGAGACUUCUUUCACCGGGGACGCCCACUAUAAGAUCCCGCCCAUGGACCUGGCCAAGUUGGAAUACUUCCGAACUGUCAAGGAAAUUACAGGAUUCUUACUGAUCCAGGCGUGGCCCGAGAACCUGACGUCUCUCUCCGUCUUUGAGAACCUGGAGAUCAUCCGCGGCAGAACUACGCGAGCACAACACAGCGUGGCCGUGGUAAGGGCGCACAACCUCCGCUGGCUGGGUCUCCGCUCCCUCAAGGAGGUCAGUGCGGGAAGAGUGACGCUGAAGGACAACCCCAAGCUCUGCUACACGGACACCGACCAGUGGACUCGCCUCGUCCGAUCCAAGGACCAAACCGUCAGCCUGAAAAACCUAUCGUCGCCCCAAAUCUGCCAAGAACAAAACCGCACGUGCGACCCUCAGUGCUCCCAAAAAGGCUGCUGGGGGCCCGGACCCUCCAUGUGCGUCUCCUGCCGACAUUUUGACAGAAGGGGGCGCUGCGUGGCCUCGUGUAACCUGCUGCGAGGGGAACCCCGAGAGGUGGCGCUGAACGGCAGCUGCGUGAAAUGUCAUCCCGAGUGUCUGGCCACGGACGGGACGCCGACCUGCCACGGAGAGGGCCCCGACAGAUGUUCCCGGUGCGCUCACGUGAAAGAUGGCCCCCACUGCGUGCCGCGCUGCCCUCACGGCGUGAUGGGCGACGGCGACAGCACCAUCUGGAAAUACGCCGACGGCCAAGGCCGCUGCCAAUCUUGCCACCGGAACUGCACGGAGGGGUGCACGGGACCAGGACUGUCGGGAUGCGCCGGAGCGGCGGGGCAUUCCACCUUGGCGGCGGGCGUGGUCAGCGGGCUCCUGCUCGUCGUCGUCCUAUCGUUAGUCGUCUUCGUCGCGCUGAGGCGACGACAAAUCAAGAGGCGGAGGACCAUGCGGCGUCUCCUGCAGGAGAGAGAGCUGGUGGAGCCGCUCACCCCCAGCGGCGAGGCGCCCAACCAGGCCAUGCUGAGGAUGCUGAAGGAGACGGAGCUGAAGAAGAUUCGGGUCCUGGGCUCCGGAGCCUUCGGGACAGUCUUUAAAGGUUUGUGGAUCCCCGAAGGUGAGGACGUGAAGAUCCCGGUGGCCAUCAAAGUUCUCCGAGAAGCCACGUCGCCUAAAGCUAACAAGGAAAUUCUGGAUGAGGCCUACGUGAUGGCGAGCGUGGAGCACCCUCACGUGUGCCGCCUUCUGGGAAUCUGCCUGACGUCGUCGGUGCAGCUGGUGACGCAGCUGAUGGCGUACGGCUGCCUGCUGGACUACGUGCGCCAGCACCGGGAACACGUGGGCGCUCAGUGGCUGCUCAACUGGUGCGUCCAGAUCGCCAAGGGGAUGAGCUACCUGGAAGAGCGCCACCUGGUGCAUCGAGAUCUGGCGGCCAGGAACGUGCUGGUCAAAACGCCCAAUCACGUCAAGAUCACGGACUUCGGACUCGCCAAACUUCUGACGGCCGACGAGAAAGAAUACCACGCGGAUGGAGGGAAGGUUCCUAUCAAAUGGAUGGCCUUGGAGUCCAUCCUUCAGUGGACGUACACGCACAAGAGCGACGUUUGGAGUUACGGCGUGACCGUGUGGGAGCUGAUGACGUUCGGAUCCAAGCCGUACGAUGGCAUUCCGGCCGGCGAGGUGGCGUCUGUCCUAGAGCGUGGCGAGCGCCUGCCGCAGCCGCCUGUCUGCACCAUCGACGUCUACAUGCUCAUGGUCAAGUGUUGGAUGAUCGACGCGUCGAGUCGUCCCAGCUUCCGGGAACUGAUUGUAGAGUUUUCCAAGAUGGCGAGGGACCCCAGCAGGUACCUGGUCCUGCAGUGCGACCCGCCCAGCCCGUCAGACGGCAGGUUCUUCUCUCGCCUGCUCAGCUCGGACGAUCCCGACGACACGGUGGACGCCGAGGAGUACCUGCUGCCCUACAAAGGCGCCGACCACCCCUGCGGCGCAACGGCUCAUCCCACGCGAGCCAACAGUGUCGCCAUGCGCUAUAUCAGCGACCCCACCGGAAACGCGGCGGACAAAGACCACCUGGACGGGCACGAGUACGUGAACCAGGCCGAGGGCGGCGCCAUUAGACACCGAUCGGACUUCCACAACCCUAACUAUGAAGACUUCCAUCCAUUUUGGGGCGCGGCCUCGCCCGCCUACCCGCAGAACAACGGAAAGGUGGGGCACCGCUUCCAAGAGGGCCCCGAAUACUUAAACACGGCGCAGAACUCGCUACCGCGCGCCGCCACCCUUGACAAUCCUGACUACCAAGCCGACUUCCAGCCUCAGCCGGCGCCCGCAAAGACUCUGUUAGCUGCCCAGAACCACGAGUAUUUGGGUCUGACCGCUGACUUGCAGACGACUGCCUGCUAG